AGAAAUUAAAGCACUUCAGUUGAUGUCUUUUCAUCCAAACAUUGUACGGCUUCGUGAAGUGUUUCCACAUGGGAUGGGCUUUACACUUGUUUUCGACUACAUGUCUACAGAUUUAAGUGAAAUUUUGCGCUCUAUCGAUUCGCCCUUGUCGGAAGGAGAAGUUAAAGCCUAUAUGAUUAUGCUACUCCGAGGUAUAAGUUUCUUGCACUCAAAUAGCAUAAUGCAUCGUGAUCUCAAACCCGCUAAUCUCUUGAUUAACAGCAAAGGCAUUCUUAAAAUAGCCGACUUCGGAUUGGCUCGAUUAUUCUCAAGGCAAGAAGAUAAACUUUACAGUCAUCAAGUCGCUACUCGCUGGUACCGCGCUCCUGAGCUACUUUAUGGUGCAAGACGGUAUACUGAAAGCGUUGAUUUAUGGGCUGUGGGUUGUAUUCUUGGAGAAUUAAUUAACAAUUCACCAUUAUUUCCUGGUGAAAAUGAUAUUGAACAGUUGUGGUUUGUCAUUCGAGUUUUGGGAACACCUACUGAAAAAAACUGGCCUGGAUUAACUCAGUUACCGGAUUACAAUAAAAUCACAUUUUCGCACUGCGAACCCGUGGCCUUAGAAGAUGUCUUAUUGUCUGACUCACUACUGGCUCGAAAUUUAUUGGGAAAGUUUUUGUGCUAUGAUCAAAACAGAAGAAUCUCUGCCGAGAAGGCCUUACUUCACGACUUUUUCUUGACAGAACCGCUUCCGGUGGGUCAUAAUAUGCUGCCAAAGCCAAAAGCAAAGCGGAAUACAUCAACUGUCUUAGAAAACUGUCUUAAAGCUCCUCUUAGUACCUUAAUUCCCUCUCCAAACUUCUUUGAUGAAACUGCCAAAAAUAUAACCACUUUCGACGACACAAAUCUGUGA